GAGAAAGUGGAUUUCCCCUAUAAAAUUAAAUAUGAAAUUGGGCACGAAUUUUCAUUGCCAAUCGUUUUGUAUACGUUCACCCUACAAAACCCCCAAGGCGGAACAAAAUCGGGGACUAACACUUAGAUGAGUUCCCUGUAAGGAAGGUUUGUAAAUAGAUCACUCUCUUGUUGCUUUAAUUUUAAUUAAAUAUCCUGAUGCUGUUAAAUUUUAACUUCUAAACAGGUCCUCAUGACACUCUCUCUGUAUGCAUGUGGAUCAUACCAGAGAAUUUUAGGGCGCUCAAUCGAUGUCUCUGUGUGUCAGGCAACUGUGAGCAGGUGUAUCAAGGAAAUCACCCUUGCACUAAAUCAUCCUGAUGUCCUUACUCGCUGUAUAAAAUUUCCUGUUACUCCUGAGGAAAGAGCAGUAGUAAUACGCAGGUUGGUAUUUAUUUGUUAUGCAGCUCUCAAUAUCAUAAAUGUUGAUGCUAGAUUGCCUGGGUCUGUGACUGACAACUUGAUUUGGCAGGCAUCACCUGCGCGACAAGUAGUGGAACAAGCUUACUGGAAUGAUAGGUGCUGGUUGCUGGGUGAUAAUGGUUAUUUCACCGCUCCAUGGCUCCAUGUACCAGUCAUAAAUGCAUCACCUGGAACACCAGAAUUUAUUUACACCCAGGUUCACUGCCGUGCCAGAAAUGUUGUUGAGAGGUGUAUCGGUGUCCUUAAGAGUAGGUGGAGGUUGCUUUGUUCUGAUCGUUGUAUAAAUUACAAAGAUGCAGCAUAUGCAGGCCAAAUGAUAAAUGCCUGCUGCGUUUUGCACAACUUUUGUAAUGGGAACAGGGUUGAUCCACCCGCUCCUUUAAUAGAAAAUAAUGUUGAUCAUGGGGCUGAAGUAGAACCACCACCUGAAAUGCCCUUCGAUGUUUAUCGGCUAGGUCAGCAAGAACAGCAAUUUUAA